GUUUGUAAAGGAGCCGGACGCAAAUAUACAGCCCGCCACGACCAAAUAAACAGGAGUUUUGUUAAUUCGUUAAAAAGGUGGCCGGAAAUCAAAAUCAAAAUCGAACCCGAUUUAAAUAACGAAAAUAACAAAAAUAAUGGAAAUAACGGAAAUAACGGAGAUAACCCCAACGGCCAAAAUAAUACCGGAAGCCUUUUUAUAACCCCUAUUCGCUCCGGGACCCGUACCGGCCAAAACAGCCUUAGGGCGUAUUUUGGCGUUAUUAACGGAAUAUUUAAAUAUUAUUACGACGUGCAAAUUAUUGCAAUUAAUAAGAAUUCCGGUAAUAUAAACCCGUUAAACACGUUAACCGACGCAGCAAAUAACAAACGACGGAAAUAUUAA